AUCGACCGACAAAUGCGGCGCAGCCUUCAGUCUGCUCAGUCUCACAGCUCAACCAACAACCCGCGGAUUUACAAUCAACAAUUCACUCAUAUUAACACCCAGAGAAACCUUUCUCUCCCACUGGUACAGCUUCUAAACAUGCGGUGGUUUGUGUCUCCAAACAUGGUCUAGCUCAAACCUCUGAAGCAGCAGCAGCCCACGAGCACUGAGUCAGGAUGUCCAGUAGCUCGGGCUACCCCCCCAGCCAGGGGAGCUUCAGCAGCGAGCAGGGCCGGUACCCGCCACAUUCUGUCCAGUACACCUUCAGCGGCUCGCGCCACCAACAGGAUUUCACCGUCCCAGACUACCGGACUCACAUGCAAGAUCCUCAGGGUCGGAGAAGACCAUCUUUACUGUCUGAAUUCCACCCUGGAACUGAAAGGCCUCCAGAGAGACGCCAUGGUUACGAACAGCAGUUUCACUCCAUCUCAGCCCAGUCUGAGCAUGAGGCCUUGGAGUCUAAACGCCCUCGCAUGGAGACUGUUGUCGAGGCCCACAUCUCCCGUACGCCUCCCUCUGCCGGGGGUAUUGUCCUGCCCAUGACCCAUACAGUGCAGGACAGUCUAAGAUCCUCUGUGGAGGUCAAAAAGGAGUCUCAGUUCUCUGUCAAAGUGGAGUCCCCGUCUGCAGGAGGACCUACACUACACAUGGGCGAUGACCAGGACGCUUCUCCUUCCAAACUAUCCAAAGAGGAGCUGAUCCAGAGCAUGGACCGCGUGGACCGAGAGAUCGCUAAAGUGGAGCAGCAGAUUUUCAAGUUGAAGAAAAAGCAGCAACAACUGGAGGAGGAAGCAGCAAAGCCAGUGGAGCCAGAAAAGCCAGUGACCCCUCCCCCAGUGGAACACAAGCAUCGCAGCAUAGUCCAGAUCAUCUACGAUGAGAACAGGAAAAAAGCUGAAGAGGCCCAUAAAGUACUGGAAGGUCUUGGUCCUAAGGUUGAGCUGCCCCUCUACAAUCAGCCAUCAGACACAAAGGUGUACCAUGACAACAUCAAGACAAACCAAGUCAUGAGGAAGAAGCUCAUAUUGUUUUUCAAGAGGAGGAACCACGCUCGUAAACAAAGGGAACAGAAGAUCUGCCAGCGCUACGACCAGCUGAUGGAAGCGUGGGAGAAGAAGGUGGAGCGGGUGGAGAACAACCCCAGACGCAAAGCCAAGGAUAGCAGAACGCGGGAGUACUAUGAGAGGCAAUUCCCUGAGAUCCGCAAGCAGAGAGAGCAGCAGGAGCGCUUCCAGAGGGUUGGACAAAGAGGAACAGGCCUUUCUGCAACAAUUGCGAGAAGCGAGCAUGAGAUUUCUGAAAUCAUAGAUGGCCUUUCUGAGCAGGAGAACAAUGAGAAACAGAUGAGACAACUGUCAGUCAUCCCUCCCAUGAUGUACGACACCGAGCAGAGGCGAGUGAAGUUCAUUAACAUGAACGGCCUGAUGGACGACCCGAUGAAGGUGUACAAAGCCCGGCAGUUCAUGAAUGUUUGGACCGAACACGAAAAGGAGAUCUUUAAGGAGAAGUUUGUCCAACACCCCAAGAACUUUGGCCUGAUUGCCUCUUAUCUGGAGAGAAAGUGUGUUGCUGAUUGUGUCCUUUAUUACUACUUGACCAAGAAGAACCACAACUACAAGACGCUGGUGAGGCGAAACUAUGGAAGACGAAGAGGAAGGAACCAGGUAAAUAUCCACUCUGUUCGCACCAAUCCAACAGUAUCCAAUCAAGAUGCAGGACAAAACCAUGAAGAACUAGCAUGGCACUCGGAGAGCGCAGACCUCCGGCAAGGUUCCCGACAAAUAACACGUCCCUCACAAGAAGACAAGUCAGACGAGAAAACCGAAGAGGACAAAUCUGAGAAAACCGAGAAAAAAGAGGACGAGGAAAAGAAGGACGAGGAAGAGAAAGAUGAAAAGGAGGAGCCUAGGGACAUUGGCAAGGACAAAGACAAGUGUGACGGUGGGGAGGACGAGGACGGAAAGGAGCAAAACACGCCGCGUGGCAGGAAGACUGCCAACAGCCAGGGCCGCCGUAAGGGAAGGAUCACCACACGCUCCAUGGCCAAUGAGGCUGCGUCUGUGGCGGCUGAGGAGGCGCCUCCCCCUCUCCCUGAGCCUGCCAUGCCAGAGCCUCAGCAGCUCCCGAAGCCUGAUUCAAUGCAGAAGUCCAUGAAGGAGCCUGCAAAACCCCAGACUCCAGUAGCCUCCAUCGAUGCUAAUAAAGCUGGUGCUGGUGAAACCGGAGAAACUUCUCGCUGGACCGAGGAGGAGAUGGAGGUCGCCAAAAAAGGGCUAGUCGAGCACGGGCGAAACUGGACGGCCAUUGCCAAAAUGGUGGGCACCAAAAGCGAGGCACAGUGCAAGAAUUUCUAUUUCAAUUACAAGAGACGUCACAACCUGGACAACCUGCUCCAGCAGCACAAGCAGGAUACACGGCGGGCUCGUGCUGAUAGGUCUCAAGGUGAAGGUCUAGCCACGGCGUCACCUGAUGAUGACGACGAUGACGACAACCCAGAUGACAGUGAAGGCGGUGACAACAGCUCCGAUACAGAGAGUGCUCCCUCCCCCUCUCAGUCUGGUGACUCCAAGAGGGCAGACAGCGCUGCAGGAGAUGCUCACUGCUCUGACCAGGACAAAGGUCAGGCCAGUAAUGGAAAGGCCCUGGAGCCCUUAUACGGAGGACUCUGUGUCAAGGAGGAGAAAAGCCCAGAGAGUGAGACUGGAUCUCAGGAGGAAAAGGCCAGGAUGACUUCCUAUGGAGGCUCAGUGCAUCCCAAAACGGAACCUCAGGAUGUGGACAUGAAUACCGGAGAGGUUCAGGUCAAGAUGGAGCCUGACAUCAGGGAGAGAGGAGAGAAGGGAGAUCAUGGCGAGAGGCACAGGGAGCUCCACUCAGAUAAUGACUCCAGCGCCACCUGCAGUGCUGACGAGGAUGUGGAAGCUGAGCCUGAAAGACAGAGAAUAUUCUCCAUGGAUAAGCCUCAAUUGCUCAACCCUCCUGGCACGGUGCUGGUGUCCUCACCCAAGCAAAGCCAACUCAACAUCCAGCAGAUGCAGCAGCGGGCAGCAGCCAUUCCACCUAUGGUGCCCGGUCCUUAUGGCCCCGGUGGCGUGCCAAUAAGUGGAUUUGCCAUGUUGCAACACCAAAUCAAAGCAGUGCACGAGUCAGCGCACCAAGAGGAGAAGCAGAGGCAGGAUCAGGGAGACCUGGAGCGCAGACCACCCUUCAAUACCCGCAGCCCCACCGUCAUAGACAGAGAUGGUAAGCCUUUACCCUACAUGCCUUAUGACAUGAAGCUGGCUCUGGACCAGGAGGUCCACUCUGGUCGGCCAGGCUCUCCCUACAGACUCUCCCCCAGGGAGCUGAGCAGGGCCUCUCCCCAGCCUGACCCCAACGCCCCCAAUGCCUCCCGGUACAGUGUGCCACCAGUCCUCCACCCUGCCGCCAACCAGCUGGUCCAGAGUAUGCCAGAUGGAGUCCGCGUGACGUUCAGCAGACCCAGUCGACCUCCCAACAUUCCCUCUCCUCCUCCACUCAUUCCAACCACCAAGCCCACGGACAAGCCCUCCUUCAUCCAAGGGGGCUCCAUCUCCCAGGGAACUCCUGGCACAUACCUGCCGUCCCAUGCCGUCUAUGGGCCAGAGGGGACUAAGAGCGCAGUGGGCUCCAUCUCUCUGGGUCGGCCUCGGCAGCAGGAUCCUAACAAGCCUGGAGCUGCAGUUCCAUCUAUACAGGAUGGCAGAGGCAACCCAGCAAAGAUGUGUGAGGGUCAGACGAGAGCAGGAUCAAUCACUCAGGGCACACCAGCCCUGUCCCAGUCCAGCAUUGCUGCUGACCUCCUGAAGGGCACAAUCACAAAGGUGGCCCAGGAGGACCUGAGCAACCCAGACAAGGCGAGGGGAGAACAGAUGUCUAAAGGUCAUGUCAUCUAUGAAGGCAAGAUUGGUCACAUCCUCUCUUAUGAUGCUUUCAAGAACCCCAGGGAAAACACCCGCAGCCCCAAAACAGGCCAUGAGCUGAAACGCACUUAUGACAUGAUGGAGGGACCGAUGGGCAGGGGACACCCCGGCAGGGAAGGAGCUCCGUUCGAGGGGUUGCUUAGCAGAGCCUCUCGAGAAGGUCUACAUGUGGAUCCUAAGGAUAGACCAUUGAUCACAGGAUCCAUCAUGCAAGGAACACCCCGACCCGCCGCAGAGACUUACGAAGAUGCCAUGAAAUAUGGAAAACAGAUAAAGCGAGAGAGCCCGCCAAUCCGCUCCUUCGAGGGGGGUAUCGGCAAGGGCAAGCCCUACGAGGGAGGAGUCAAUACUAUUAAAGAGAUGGGACGCUCCAUUCACGAAAUCCCCAGACAAGAACAGUCUGGCCAGGACCUCUGCAAGACCCCUGACAUGUCAGACAGGAGGGUUAUGGAUGGCUCCAUGUCUCAGAUUCACCCUCUCAACCAGCCGAUUAUCAAGCACAAUGUCAAGAACCUAAUCCCCAGCCCAGCUAAGCAUCCCCACAGCAUGCCCCAGCUCGAGGCCAUGGAACGAGCCAAAUACGAGGAGAGCAAGGCGGUGCGCCACACCUCCGUGGUCAACUCCACCUCCGUGCUGCGCUCCACCCACCAGGAGGCUAACAAAUCCCAGCUUAGUCCAAGCAUGUACGAGGACGCCAACGCUCGCAGGACCCCUGUUAACUACAGCACCAAUCCCGCGUCCAGAGGAUCGCCCAUGCUGGGACGUGCACCAGAGGGUGUUAUGAGCUCUUCAAAAUCUGCUGCACAUGAAAGAAAGAGUGCCAUGACCCCGACACAGAGGGAAUGUGUCCCAGCCAAGUCCCCCGUGUCAGGUGGUGAACCUCACCCUCAAGCCUCUCACAGCCCCUUCGACCCCCACCACCGGCCCGUUGGUCCCGGGGAAAUGUACCGACCCCACCUGCCUCCGCAUCUCGACCCCAUGAACUUCCACAGAGUGCUGGAUCCCGCGUUCAUGUUCCCCAGGCAGCCGUCUCCAACGGGCUACCACAACACCUACCAGCUGUACACCAUGGAGAACACACGGCAGACAAUCCUCAACGACUAUAUCACUUCCCAGCAGAUGCAAGUCAUCCGACCUGACAUGGCCCGAGUGUUGUCGCCACGGGAACAGCCCGUCGCUAUCCCUUACGCAGCCGGAGCUCGAGGGAUUAUUGAUCUAGCCCAGAUGCCUCCAACUAUCCUGUUGCCUCACCCUGGGGGAACAGGUACUCCCACUUUGGAACGCAUCGCCUACCUCCCUGGAGCUCAGAACCCUUUCCCUCCUAGGGCUUUCAACCCAAACUCCAUAUCGCCAGGCCACCAAGCCCACCUCGCUGCCGCAGCUGCUGCCAGUGCAGAGAGGGAACGGGAGAGGGAGCGAGACCGGGAGCAACAGGAGAAAGAGAGACAAAAGGAAAGGGAACGGGAGCAGCGAGAGAUAGAGAGGGAACGGGAGCGGGAAAUGCGAGAACGAGAGCGAGAGAGAGCCAACGAAUACAUCCGCGGAGGUGGACAAGAGCAGCCAGGCCGGCCAGGGAGUCGAGGUUAUCUGCACUCCUCUUCUCCCUCGCUCAGGACACAGGAAGUAGUGGUCCAGCAGCGGCCUAGCAUCUUCCAGGGCAAGAGUGUCAUCACCUCUCUAAUGCCCCAUACAGCAGCAGCGACAGCAGCAUCACAGAGUGGCUCUCGCUACAGUACUGCAGCUGAUGCUCUGGCUGCCCUGGUGGACGCCGCGGCCUCUGCCCCGCAGAUGGACGUGGCCAAGGUGAAGGAGAGCAAACAUGAUCGGGACGACGACAUGUCGGCUCGGCGAGCAGCCAGCAUCUCGGAACAACAGCAGCAGCAGCAUCAGCAGCAGCAGCUGCAGCAGCAGCAUCAGCAGCAGCAGCUUCAGCAGCAGCAGCAGCAGCAGCAGCAGCAACAGCAGCAGCAGCAGGAGGCGGAAAGGCGGUCCAUGCAGUCACCAUAUGGCGCUAUGUCUCUGCCAGGAGGUAAGCCCCAUCCAGCUUACUCCGAGGGAGCCGGGGUUAAGGACAAGGGCCCUCAAACCUCAAAGUCCCGGAUCGAGGAGGAGCUUCGGACUCGUGGAAAGACAACCAUCACAGCAGCUAACUUCAUUGAUGUCAUCAUCACGAGGCAGAUAGCCUCGGACAAAGACUCACGAGAGCGAGGCUCUCAGAGCUCUGACUCCUCCAGCAGCUUGUCAUCCAGUCGAUACGACAACACCGCUGGAGGAACCAUUGAGGUGAUUAGUCCUGCUAGUUCCCCAGUCCAACAACAACAACAACAACAACAACAACAACAACAGGACAAACCAGAGGAAGGGCAACAACAGGCAGCAGCUGGCAUGCGGGCCUACGACAUGAGUCGUUACCGGCAAUCAGGGGAGCCAUCGCAGCCCAGUCCCCAGCAGCCCCCCUCCCAGGUUGACGGCUACGGCAAACGCCGGGUCAUGACCUUGGCGGACCACAUUUCGCAUAUCAUAACCCAGGACUUCGCCCGGAAUCAGGACCCUCCUCCCGUAUCCUCCUCAGCUUCGGCUACAUUCCAGAGCGCGGUGCCAUCCGUGUCCUCCUCAGGGCGAGCCAAGAUGCCCAGCCGCUACAGUCCUGAGAAUCAGGUCCAGGCCCCACACCACCAGAGACCCUCCAGCAGAGUUUCUCCAGAGAAUGCCCCCGACAAGCCCAGAUCCAGGCCGGGUAAAUCUCCAGAGCGAGGCGGCAGGCAGAUGGACAACUAUGAACCCAUCUCUCCACCACCGAGCUACCAAGGCAUGGACAAACAGGAUGCGGUCGGGCCUGCACCCCAGAGGCGAGAGGCCGACAACUCCGAGAUCAGGAAUGACUCGCGGUCCCCGGGGAACGUCAGCUACCUGCCUUCUUUCUUCACCAAGCUGGAGAACACCUCGCCGAUGGUGAAAUCGAAGAAGCAGGAGAUCUUUCGUAAGUUGAACUCCAACUCUGGUGUCGGUGAUUCUGAUGUUGGAAACGCACAGCCAGGCACGGAGAUUUUCAACUUGCCCGCUGUUACCACCUCCAGCAGCGUCAACCCCAGGAAUCACUCUUUCAGUGACCCAGCCAGUAACCUGGGCCUGGAGGACAUCAUCCGCAAAGCCUUGAUGGGCAACCUGGAGGAGAGACAGGAGGAGCACCAGGGAGGACUAGGGGCUCAGUGUCCCAUCAACAACACACCUGGACCAGGCAGUGACGGCCGCCAGGAGGCCAACCCGUCACCCAGCAUGGGGAAGCAGAAGCACGGCAAAGCCAACAGCCGGAAAUCCAAGUCCCCUAACCUGGGUCAAGCCUACGCUGGAGGGGAGCGUCCAUCUUCGGUGUCCUCCGUCCACUCCGAGGGAGAUUAUCACAGACAAGCCCAAGCCCAACCCCAGUGGAGCUGGGACGACCGACCCUCAUCCACAGGAUCCAUGCAGUUCCCUUACAACCCGCUGACCAUGCGCAUACUGAGCAGCACGCCACCCACCUCCAUAGCUUCCCCCUCCAUACAGAGCCAGCAGCAGCAGCAGCAGCAGCAGCAGCAGCAGCCGCCUCCAGCUGGAGCCCCGGUGGCUCAGCAGCGCGUGUGGCAGUCUCUGCUGUCAGAGCAAUACGAGACCCUGUCUGACAGUGACGACUGAGCCCUGCUCGCUACAGCUCCGAUAACCGGAAGAGAGGCGCGCGCUAAGGCUUGUCUUUUCACCCCCAUCCCCUCCUCUCCCAGAACUAUCCUCGCUCACUGGCGAGUGUGACAAGUAGAUGGGGAGGUGUCCUUUUUAUUUUUGGUGCUAUGGCGCCCCCUGGCUGUUAGCGAAGAGUACAAGCAGCAGCCUGUGACAGGCAGGGCUCUCCAGAACGAGACCGGCUUUGGUCUGGAAGCACUCACCCAGCCUGUUGGUGAAAUAAACAAAACUCGACUGAGGGGAUGAGCUAUAGUAAAGAUGAAGAACUUAAUAUGUAAAAAGAAACAACAUAAAGAGACUAUUUCUGAUUUUUUUUUUUUUUUUUUUUGAUUUCUGUAAAGAUAUACCUUGUCUUUAAACAAAAUCAUUGUAUGUAAAUAGAGUAACCUUUUGCAGUGUUUUUCUUAACUUGAUUAUUUCUUAUUUUAAUGUCGCUUUUAAAUUGAUCCACUUUAAAUGGGAAGAGUCGGGGUGUAAUCUUUAGUAUCACAGUUGGUCUGUCCCAGUACCACCCCCCCACCCCACACCCCCACGUGACCUGACACCCACUCUAAUAUUUUUACCACAGCGACGCCGAGAGAGACCGAACCAUUUGGUUUGUACUUGACCACGAGCGGAGCACAGAGAUUGCGCCACACCCCACCCUCCCCGUGCGCCAUCCACCAAGCACCACCAGAGCCUGAACAUCGCGGAUAUGUUUGAUGAAAACAAGAACUAACAUUUCAAACAUUAAUGAUAUUUGAUUUGUCGGAGAUGAUGGAGAUGCAUGGAUCAGAUGGUAGCGGUAACUUCUCACCCCGUUCUAGACAGAGAAACGUCUUCAAAACAAGUUGAGAACACUGGUGUCAUAGCAGAAAGGUGAAAAGUCUGAUAUAAGCUUGCCGGAAAAGAUGACUACUCCUGGACCCCGUCUGAAUAAUGAAAGUGAGCCAAUGUUUUUUUUUUGUUUAGUUUUUUUUCAAUAGAGCUGACCAUGGUGCGUCACAUGUAGCUGUCUCUCUCUGCAGUUUCCAACCUGUCCAGAAUGAUCUGCUCUGCAAUGUUGUCAUGGUAAAAAAAAAUAGUACGUCAGGUUUUGCCAUGCCUUGUGACUUGAGAAAGAAGGCAGCUUUAACUAAUUUUCUCAGAGAUAUACGUUGGUGUUUGAUGUUUGUAUUUGUUUCUGUAGUCCCUCUUUUUUUUCUUUUUUUUUUGAUACUGUCCUGACAAAAAUCUGAACUCUGUAAAUUGUCUUUCCAUUACACGAAAAGACAAAACUAACCAAACAUAAAGAAUGGUCUGCACCAUUGUUGCACUUUUUUGCUUUGUAGCUUUUGACAAAAAAAAAGCAUACUACCUGCUGUGUAACUUAUUCAACCUCCAGCACAGGAGUAUACUAAGAUGUGCUUUAACUUUUUUUUCCCUACCACUCACAUAAAUCUGGAUGUUUUGACUUCCUGUCUUUUCUUGUAGCUAGUACAUGAUUUUUUGUAGUGUUGCCACUUGCAUCACAGUUACAGUUUUAAGUGUAUGGUACCGUUAAAUGUUUAGGAGUUUGCUGUCAUGGCGACCACUUAAUCUCUGCUUUCAUUGUGUCAAUCAACAGGCAUAAAGCUUUGAAUAUGAAUUAUUAUAGGUCAACUUCAUAAAUGGCAGUAACGUUCCUUUUUGCAAGUAUGUGAAAAAACCUACCAUAUUUUGGCUUUCACUUUGCUCAGUUAACAGAUCCAUUCUGCUCUAAACUUGAUAUUUCCUUUCUUCCUUUUCAUUUUUGAUUUUGAAUAAUUUGUCAUAGCACAUCUUUAUUUUCUGUCAUUUUCAACAUCUUCGUUAUCAUCCUGUUCUUAGAUGAUGGGAUGUUAUGUGUUUACAAAGGCAAUGACAAAAAAAAAAAGUUUACAAACUUGAAUCUUAAAAAAAGAAAUCCGACAUGAAGCCGAAAAAGAAUUUGAGCAUCUUUUCAGCUCUCUAUCAAACACACUUUUUUGUCUUUUUUGAAAUUGAGACUUGAAAACCCGUGUAUCCUAUGAUGUUGAAAUGCAAUGUUUGUAUCGCACAAUGUCUCUUAGUAGGCUAUUACAUGAGUUCAGACCAAUCAAAUAAAGUGGAUCAGUUCUCCACCACUGAAAAAA